UCAGGAAUGUGGCAGGAAGGGAAUUUAGGAGAUAGACUUCGGUAUCAGGCGCAGAGUAUGUCCCCCAUGCCUCAAUGAGAACCUAGUCUGUGACGGCGCCUUUCCACUCGAAUUUUCUGGAUACGAUCCGAUCAUCAUGGAUUUAAUCCCAUUCAUUGGUAGAGAUGAUCAUAAUCACACUACUGACUGCAAGCUUUUUUGGUCAGAUGACGUUCCGAGAAUGGCAAAAGAGCUGGAGGUGUACCUCAACCCAGGUGCCGAGCAAGCACUAGAAGACUUCAAGCAAUCACGCAAAUAUGCUGAUUCCGAUAUCGACCAUAUAGCAGUCUGUAGCGCUUGGUCCAACAAGGACGAUAAUCGUCAAUUGUCGCGUGCCCGCGAGCUUAGUAGCCAAAAUACAGAGCUGUUUCAAGCUAGACUGGUCGGUCUUGGCCACGAUGCCAAAGAUGUGGAGCGCAUGUUCGAGUAUCAUCACUAUGGUGUGCUAGAUAAGGAACUUACCGGUGCACGCUGGAAGCGUUUGAUCCCAAAAGUCGAGCGUAAGCUUGCUGAAUUGCAGGAAGAAUGGCGCCUCGAGAACCAAAGAAAGGCUAUCAUACCUCCUCAAAAUUUCUUGAAGCUAUGCGAUGUUGCCGAAUUCAUCAAAAGCCCACCCACUGAGGACAAAGAAAGCGAUAUUUAUGUUUUCGCGGAAGGAUUUCCUGACGCAAGAUACCACGACACUACGAAGCCAAGGAAUCGACGCCCCUGAUGAUGUGUUAUUGCAGCUGGCGACCUCCGUUUUCCAAUGCACUCAUCCGCGCUUCUUCCCCUUGAUUACAUGGGACAAACGUUGUGUUGCCGCUGCACGUUCUUUAUUAAGCUUGGUCGGUCUCGAUGCCCAAACUACGACUGCAACUACAAUGGACGACCUCCAGUGUCGCUUUUUCUGUGCCAACUGUCCACCGAAGCCAGAGAAUGGAGGAUCCUUC